UCUGAAUGGGCUGAACCAGAACAUGCCAGAAGCAAAAAUUAUAUUUGAAUUCUUAGCUAGCUAGAUACAUUCAGAGUGGUGUGGAAUGGACACGGUUGAAGCUAUCUGUUAACUCAGAUAGCCAGAUUUACCAAAAAUAUAAAGUAACAGACGGCAUAGAAAUGUUUGGUUGUUUGGUUGCUGGUAGAUUGGUCCAGACAGAUGCCCAACAAGUUGCUGGUGACAAGUUUGUCUUCAAUUUACCAGACUAUGAGAAUGUGAACCACGUGGUGGUCUUCAUGUUGGGUACAGUGCCUUUCCCUGUGGGGAUGGGGGGCGCCGUCUACUUCUCCUUCCCGGACCCUGUCGGCGGGCAGGUGUGGCAGCUCUUGGGUUUCAUCACCAACGAGAAACCGAGUGCCAUCUUUAAAAUAUCCAAAUUAAAACCUGGUGAGGGUGCCGAGCAUCCAUUUGGAAUGAUGCCAGCACCCCAUCUUGCUUCCAUGGCCCAAGUCGGCGUUUCAAUUGAGCCUUUGGAGCAGCUAGUCCAACAGACUCCUGUACCAGGCGCCACUGUGUCUGCUGUAGACUCCUUCAUACAGAUGACGCCAAACCCGUCAGAAAUGUUCAUCCCUGCCAGUUCCAUUCUCAAAUGGUAUGAAAACUUCCAGAGGCGAAUGGCUCAAAACCCUAAUUUUUGGAAGACGUGAGUUGUCUGUGAUACAACAGUACUGAAAACAAUGACAAUGGUACAUGGUCAGGUUGGAUGAAAUACUUUCCCCUCCAUAAUAUCCAGUAAUUGUCUUCUGGAGAAGAUGAAGACAUCUCGUUUUACAGCAGCAUUUAUCAUCUUUUGUUAAAAAAACAAAGUAAUAAAACAUUUCUCUUAUCUGACCACUGCUUUAUUUCAUACAUACUUAGCAUACAAGCAGAACCUGGAUUCUUAAUUUCUUUGGGCAAACUAACAGUUUUGUAGUGGAUGAGAUUUGGACAGUUGAAAUAUUCUCACAUUCUCACCUAAUGCCUAUUCUCCAUGUGUUCAGAUCCUCUAGUAAUAUGACCAUGUUUUACUCCACUGUACUUAGGGUCCAAAAGGAAAAGCUGGCCCGCUGGCCGGGGGACAGUUAAACAAGGAACAUGAGGCCCUGGUUGGUCAGUAUAUUCAACUAAUUUGGCAUUUCUGUUCAGUGUUCAAACCAUUGAACAGAAAUGCAUUGUCACUGCAAAUGGGAAUUGGAGAAAUAAGUCUAGCAUUGAAGACAAUUUAGCAGAUGCUUCUAUCCAAAAUGACUUUUUUUGUUCUUUUUUUUAAGUUAGCCACUAACACUUAGCUGCAUAUACUAAGCAUAACAACCUAAGCCAAUUUGUGAGUGGCAGGGAAGCCUGGUGGUGAAGAGUAGUGGGACAGUAAAACUGUUGCGGUUUCUAGUACCUAAACCGAUAGAGUGAAUAAACCUGUGGUUCUGUUCCUGA